CUCAACCAUUAAAGAUUCACUCAGCAAUCAGGAGGAAAUUUAUUGUACGUGGGCCCAUGUUUAUGCCCAACAAACCAAUGUUGCAAACACAAAUAAAAAGAUAUUUUAACAAACACAUAAAUCAAAACACAUUAAUAUUGGACAAUUGAACAACAACUACCUGCUGAACAAUUUUCAUUCGUCUUUAUCAAUCAUAAACUUCAAAAAAUAUUUCCCAAAAAAAAAAAAAAUGACUGCCAAUUUUGCUAAGAAAGGUUUACAACGUUAUUUAUCCCAGCUUCAGCGCCACCCCUUAAGAACUAAGGCAAUUACAGCUGGGGUUUUAUCUGCAAUUAGUGACAUAGUUUCUCAGAAACUUUCUGGUAUUCAAAAGCUUCAAAUUCGACGCCUUUUGCUUAAAGUGCUUUUAGGAUUCGCUUAUCUUGGACCGUUUGGGCAUUUCUUUCACCUCAUGCUUGAUAAGGUUUUCAAAGGGAAGAAGGAUCCAAAGACAGUGGCUAAGAAGGUUGUUGUAGAGCAAUUGACAGUUUCCCCAUUGAACAACAUGCUCUUUAUGAUAUAUUAUGGAUGGGUCGUGGAGAAAAGACCAUGGACCCAGGUCAGAAGCAGAAUAAGGAAAGAUUAUCCAUCAGUGCAAUUGACAGCAUGGACGUUUUGGCCCGUUUUUGGGUGGAUUAACCACCAGUAUGUGCCAUUGCAUUUACGGGUGAUUUUCCAGAGCAUGAUUGCUUUUGGCUGGGGGAUAUUUUUGAACUUACGAGCAAGGUCUAUGCUUCUUACCAAAGCUUGACUAAGCUAAAGCGUACGUAUCCAACUCUUCACAAUAGCCUACGGUACUACCCCAUUGAAUGUUCAAUGCAAGUGGAAUCAGUGGUAUCCUAUUAUACUAUUUUUACAUUAUGUCAGCAUGGCACAGAUGGUUAGAUUUGAAGUUAAAAUACAUUGUUUCGGCUAGCUAGAUCUUCUGAAAUGUACAUGUAAAUCAGUAAAUCUUCUCGUAGUCUCUUGCAAAGCCUAUUGUUUCAUAGGUGGUUGCUAAAUUAAACCUAGAGAUGAUUCAAUUACCUUAAUGCAACUUGUGCAAAAAAAGGCUCCCCUUAAAAAAAAAAAAACCUUAUGCAAAAAAAGGCUAGUCUUCCCAACAACAAAGCAUUUUUGCUUAUUGUUGGCAUUGCCUCCCCUAAAGUUUGCCUUCAUCUUGUUAUCAUGACGAGUGGUAGAAUUGAUAUAAUGAUAAUGUAAUAUGCUUAUUGUUUAUAUUCAAUAAUCCAUCUAUCGUCUUUUA